UCUAGCUGCGCCGCGAGCCCGCGGCCCCUCAGCUCCCCUCGUCAUGGCGCUGAGGCGGCGGCCGGCGGUCCGGCUCUGCGCCCGGCUGCCCGACUUCUUCCUACUACUGCUUUUCAGGGGUUGCUUGAUUGGGGCCGUGAAUCUCAAAUCCAGCAACCGAACCCCAGUAGUACAGGAAUUUGAAAGUGUGGAACUAUCUUGUAUCAUUACGGAUUCACAGACAAGUGACCCCAGGAUUGAAUGGAAGAAAAUUCAAGAUGACCAAACCACAUAUGUGUUUUUUGACAACAGAAUUCAGGGAGAUUUGGCAGGUCGUGCAGAACUAUUGGGGAAAACCUCUCUAAGGAUCUGGAAUGUGACCCGGACAGACUCAGCCCUUUAUCGCUGUGAGGUGGUUGCUCGAAACGACCGCAAAGAAAUUGAUGAGAUUGUCAUUGAGUUAACUGUGCAAGUGAAGCCAGUGCCUCCUGUGUGCAGAGUCCCGAAGGCUGUACCGGUCGGCAAGUCGGCCACGCUGCACUGCCAGGAGAGCGAGGGCUACCCCCGGCCCUACUACAGCUGGUACCGCAACGACGUGCCGCUGCCCACCGACUCCCGAGCCAAUCCCAGAUUCCGAAAUUCCUCUUUUCUCUUGAACUCUGAAACAGGCACCCUGGUUUUCAAUGCUGUUCACAAGGAAGACUCUGGGCAGUAUUACUGCAUCGCUUCCAAUGAUGCAGGCUCAGCCAGAUGUGAGGAGCAGGAGAUGGAAGUCUGUGAGUUACUUUUUGAAAAUAUUUCAUCUGAAGACUGGCAAGUGGAUAGAACAUUUUUAAUAUUAGACCAUCAAUUUAGACAACUGGUCAGCUUUCUUCUGGAGAUGACUGGAUUCACCAAAACUCACUCGGGUACAUUGAAAGGAAAGAUGAGAAAGUUUUGAGUAACAGCUAAAUGACUAAUAAGUGAUUACUUGCAAUAUGUUUAUCUCCUCAAAAUAGACUUUCUGGAGUCUUGUGAUGUUGGGAACAUAGUUAAUCGUGUUGCUUUUAAC